GGCAAGUGGGCUGACUCCCAGGGACGCGUCGCUGGUGGCGCCGUGCUUGGGUUACCCGAGCUGACGUGGCUUCGAUUGAGGGGGGGGCGUCCGGAGUUGUCCAGGACGGCCGCCUGCAGUAUUGCUGACCUUGUGAAAUGAGUUGCAAAGUGCUGCCUCCUGUCUUCUGGAAGUGAUAGAAACUUGAGAUGUUGAGCUGAUUAUCGGGAUUAGCAAAUAAUGUUUUGCAUGAAUUAACAGGAGAUUACACUGGACUUUGAUGGCGUCCUCAGAAGCUGAAUUACCCCAGGAAACUGCCAUGGAAUCGAAUAAUAGCACGCACGAGGAUGAUGCUCUGCACCGCCUGGCUGAGGCAGAGAAGUUGGUGGUGGAGCUGAGAGAUAUUAUUAGUCAGAAGGAUGUUCAGCUCCAGCAGAAGGAUGAAGCUCUGCAGGAAGAAAAAAAAGCUGCUGAAAAAAAAGUUAAAAAUAUAAAACUGCAUGCAAAGGCCAAGAUCCUAUGCUUGAACAAACAGCUGGAACAGAUGAAGACACAAGGAGGGGCUGCUGUGCCUCCAGAAGCCCAGGCAAAGGAGCUCUCCAAGGUAGGAGGCCAGGCUGCAAACAUGGCGCCUCCGGAACCCCAGUAGGGAGAGCCUAUCUGUGCUGAGCACAGCCAGCCAUGGUGGGAAGA